AUGGAUCGGAGACGGGAUUUCAUGGAUGAGGGAGGGGUAAACUUGACACCCCCGACCCAUGAUCAGCAGCAAUUCUGGCAGACCAGUCUUCUGCUAUUUCCAUCCCCCCUUCCCCCCUCUCGGAGACACAAGGAUGCUACACCGGUGUUUAUCGAGCGUGGGCCAAUAGCGACAAAAUGUCAGUCUUCACGUCUUGCAUAUUAUUGUCAGACUACGUGUAUCCUCUCCUCAGCUGCGCUUGGUGUUCUGCGAAUGAGGCGUGCCCGGAGUAAUCAUGAUACUGGAUAUGGACGAAGACUGUUAGCGUGUUCCGCAGAUCACUUCGAGAAGCAAGACGACUGA